GAUCAUCGACGUAAUUGAUCAAAAGAAAGUAUGGAGGAAUGUGCUACUAGUAAACUCGAUAAUUUACAAAGGAUAAAUUUGAAUAAUAACUCUUUAAGGUUCCAGCAAAAUCCCGAGCCAUCCACUAGUUACAAACCUACGAAAUCUAUUAGAGAUUACAAUCAGCCAGAGCGUUUUGAGGAUAAUAAGUUUAAUUUUAAUAAAUUAAACGCUGAAUUACAUAAUUUAAGCUAUAAGAAUACUUGGGUUGAUGAUUUUAAUCAGUCGAACGUAGCGAAGAAUAAGAAUACGUGGGUGAACGAGUUUAAGAUUUCCCAGCCCAAAGCAUCCGUCAAUCCCAAUAAGUUUAUUAACCACAAUCAAUUGUCACAUUCAUCAACUAAUUACGUCAAUUUUAAUCAACAGCAGCAAUACACACAAAAUAAUUAUACCAGCAAUCAACACAAUUGGGAUAGACAGUUUGAUAAGUUUGAUAAACCAAUUUUAAAUGAAGAACCUAAGAGCUUCUCACAAUCACAAACACCUAAUGAUGAUUUAGCUAGAACUGCUAGAAACUUGAUCGACACAGUCGAGCCAGAUAAAUAUGAUAAAUUCAGGAAUUCUGAGUUCUUUUCAUUUAUGAAGCAGCUCUCGACUGGUGAAUAUCGUUUGGAAAAUGAUGAAUUUGUUAGUAACAAUACAACGUCUGAGAAUAAUUGGACAAAAGAAUUUGACAUUCCAAACAAAGAAAGUGCUAUCACCGGCUCAGCGACUGAGAACCCCUCGUUAAUCAAUGCACCAGAACCGUACAAUAAAUUAUUGAACAUAUUUGGUCCAUCAACGUCUUCAAACGAUUACGAUGUUAAGAGCAGUCUUAACGGUGAUCUCGAGCAGGGCACUGGUACAGGAGCUGGUGUGAAAGGUCCGCAAGAAGCAGAAUGGGACACUUUACAACAAGGUUUAGAUGAGAUUGAUUCAACUUUCUCUAAUGACAUAAAAAGAGUAGACAACCUUGGUUUAGAUCAGCCGAGAGAGUACGCGUUUGAAGCAAAUAAAUCGAAACCCGACUAUUUAAAUCAUAUAUCACACAUAGAAUCAGUUUUAAGAGAGAAUUCGAAUAAUGCUCAAGCGUGGUAUGAACUUGGAGUUUGUCAACAAGAAAAUGAGAAUGAUUCGCAAGCUAUAUCUGCACUAUUAAAAGCGGUUGAAUUGGAUCAGGAAUACGCUGAUCCGUGGUUAGCUCUUGCCAUUAGCUAUACGAAUGAAUCAGAGAAGGUAUCUGCAAUGAACGCAAUUAACAAUUGGUUGCAAUGGAAACAUAAUCAGGUGAAAUCAACCACGUUAAACAAUCAAAACAUAACCAGUGAUGAAUUGAUUAGAUGUUUAUGCGAAAUAGUAGUGCAACAAGCAAAAGAGGACAUAAUAGAUGCUGAUGUUCAAGUGGCACUUGGUGUAGUAUUUAGUUUAAGUGAAAGUUAUGAGAAAGGCAUUGAUUGUUUCCGUACUGCACUUUCCACGAAGCCUAAUGAUUGGUUACUGCUUAAUAGACUUGGAGCGACUCUAUCAAAUAGUGGUCAAUGUAGAUCAUCGUUGGAGUUUUACUACCGAGCAUUAGAUUUACAUCCAACAUAUGUCCGAGCCAUGUUUAAUUUAGGCAUAGCGUUGAUGAAUCUAAAAGAUUAUGAUGAAGCAAUUCGUCAAAUACUUUCAGCACUUGCAAUACAAAGCGAAGGUAACGAGCAAGGCGGAACUAAUCAGAUCAAUUUCAAUAUGUGGGAUACUUUGAGAAAUUGUUUAUUACAGAUGAGAAGGAGUGAAUUAACACAGUACUGUAAUACGAGAGAUAUUAAUGCAUUAAGAAAGCAUUAUGAGUUUUAAUGCUACUUUUUUCUCUUUUUUGGUAAAAAAAUUGACUUUGAUUGAGCAGAUUGAUUGUUCUGUUGAAUUUGUUGAGGGU